AUGCCAUCUAUGUAUGAUCGCAUCCGUGAGGAUCUCAUCAACAAAGAGCAAGCACUAUGGACCGCUCUUACCUCCGCCGAUCCAGCCCCUGCGAUAAAGAAACUGUGCAACCCCGAAGGCAAUUUGAUGUUCCCUCAAAUGCCUGAAAUUCUUACUCUCGAAGACGAAUCUCAUUUCAAUGAAGCCUUGAGACCACCAUUCCACCGAUUCGACGGGUACCAGCUCGACGAGGUUCGAGUCAUCAUCAUCGAUCUCAUGGCGGGCGCGGUGACAUACAAAGUCCGCGCGGUGAGGGGGAAGAAAGAGUAUCGGGCGACAUGUUCAACCACAUGGGGCCAAGGAUCAGAUGGAGAGUGGACUCUGUUCUCGCACUCGGAAACCCUGCAGUAG